UUAUUUUGAUAUUUAUCACAAAUUAUGUGAGCUGCAGAUGUGGCACCAUUUACAAGCUAUUGGUAUCAUGGUAAAUAAAGGUCAAAUUGUAACCUGCACUGAUUGAUCGACAAAUAUGAACCCAUAUCAACAAAUAUUGAUGUUUUUCAGAUAAUUAUUAACGCACAUAAAACCAUACUUUUCCCUUAAAAUACCAUUAUUUUCUAAAUCAAGCCACUUCUAGUAUGUUAAGGCCAUAUUUAAGAUCCCACCCUUUGCUUUAAAACAGAGUAACCUAGGUGUGCAGAGUGAGUGGAGGUUGUCUAGAUUUAGGCUACCCUCCACUACAUCCCUGCUAGUAGCUGUGUAAUUCCAGCUAAUGCGGAUAAUGCCCAGGACGCAUUGCGCACGGCGCGCGCAGCCUGCGACGCACAGCUCUCCUUUGAUUUGAGGGAGCUCGUAGAGAGGGAGACGGCCGUUUCUCCAACACCCAAUGAGACACCUGUUGGAUGUAUCGGGCGCAGACGAUCGCAACAGAUGAUGAGAGUCGGAGGUGAAUUUCAGCUGAUCACAACAGGGAGGGGAGUCUGAGGUCCGCGCUUUGAAAUGGAAUCAUACGGAUCUUCACUCAACCGCAGCCAGUCGCUGGCGAGCGGCCUGGAGAAGUCUUCACCAACGUGGAAGCCAUCCCGCUCUCGCAGCAGUAGCACUGUGUCAUCCCGCCACUCCAGACAGAUUAUCAAAGACUGGGAAGUGAUUGACGACCUUCAGGUAGAAAUGCACGCAGGAGGCGAUAACCCUCCCGACAUGACCACCCCGGGUAUCUGUGAAGGAUAUCUCCUCAAGAGGAGGAAGUGGCCACUGAAAGGUUGGCACAAGCGAUACUUUGUCUUGGAAGCAGGGAACUUGCGUUACUCCAAAAAUCAACAAGAUGUGUCCAGGGGAAGAUUCCAGGGCUCUUUAGAUGUCAGCCACGCAGUAAUGUCGAUAAACAAGAAGUCAAAUCAGAUUGACUUGGAUGCAGGGGACAUUCUCUAUCACAUAAAGGCAAAGAGCCAUGAACUCUUCUACAUUUGGGUAACCAAGCUACAAGCCCACCGCCUGUACAAGAAGCAUGAGGCUACUCAUGUUCACAGCAGCUUCCUCCGGACUUUGUCCCAUGGCAGUGCAGCCGGACAAGCUCAGAUAAAUGGAGAUUUGAGCUCUGCAGGCAUGGUGGAUUCAGCUGGAGCACCAGCAGGAGUGCUGCCCUCAGAUAACAACGCUGUGAACAGAAAAGUGUCGGCCUGGCUGCAGCAAAGUCACAACCCAGACUCCUGUGUUCAAGAGCUGAACCGUUGUCAUUUGGACCUUACUGAGCUAAACCGCUUAAUCCAGAAGCUGCAGAUGUUGGAGGGGGGCCAGGCUUUCACUAAUGGAGACCUGAAGCGCAUCAUCAGCAUACAGAAUAUCUCGCUUGAGAAGCCGAAGAAGUCGAGGUCAGGGAAGAUGUGGAGCCACUCUCGCACAUUAUCCCUGGGAAUGGUAAGAAAGCCUAUUCGUGGGAUUACUAAAUCGCUGUCCUCCAGUCACCUGGGCAGCUCGCCUCACCUCGGUGCAUCAGUCCCCUCUAUCCCAGACUACGUCUACUCACAGCUGUCCCCUCCUACUGCCACAUCGCCCGAGGGCAAGAAAAUCCAGCAGGACAUUUGCGCCAUAUCGCUACGAGUGCUUGCUUCGCUGAAGACAGUGCAUGAAACUCUGUCCCAGGAGAGGCAGAAGCUGCAGGAAGUCUGGGAAACUAACAACAUCCACCAGUCUAAAACUGCUGAGCCUGCAGCAGCGAGGCAUUCAUCCCACGGGCCUCCUUCAGUAGCAGAUUCAGCUGCAGAGUAUUUUGACGCCAGUGACAUCCUUUGUGGUAGUUCCUCUGAGGUGUCUGAUGAGUCAGGACUAAGUGAUGGAAGCACCACCAACUCUGAGCCAGAGGAAGGACAUGCGUCGGCCACCCGGAAAUACCGUGCUAGCAUUUCCAAGACUCCUAACAGCUUUGUUCCCAAGAGCACCGGCCGGCGAACGACACUGCCUGCUCACUGUCCUGACAACAGCCACGUGGGCCUCAUGGCUAUCCUCUACAAUAACAUAGGUAAAGACUUGGCUCGAGUGUCCAUGCCUGCUGCUCUCAAUGAACCCGUUAACCUGCUGCAGAGGCUGUGUGAAGAGCUGGAGUACAGUGAGCUGCUGGAUAUCGCCAGCAACACAUCGGACCCCUACCAGAGGAUGGUUUACAUUGCUGCCUUCGCUAUCUCUAGUUACUCCCCUGUGACAUUCAGAAACCGCUACAAGCCCUUUAAUCCGGUGCUGGGAGAGACCUACGAGUGCAUCAGAGAGGACCGGGGCUUCCGCCUCAUCAGUGAGCAGGUCUGCCACCAUCCCCCCAUCUCUGCCUGCCAUGCACAGUCAGAGAACUUCUCCUUUUGGCAAGACCAGCGAUGGAAAAAUAAAUUCUGGGGGAAGUCACUGGAGAUUCUGCCAACAGGAAUGGUGAAUGUCACUCUUCCAAGGUACGGUGACCACUAUGAGUGGAACAAAGUAGUGACCUGUAUCCACAACGUCCUCAGUCAACAGCGCUAUCUGGAGCAUUACGGAGAGGUCACCAUCCGUAACCUCAACAGCAACGUCUGCACCUGCAAGAUUACCUUCGUCAAGUCCCGUUAUUGGGGUUCAGACACAAACAAGAAUGAAGUGCAGGGCACGGUGCUGGACCAAAGUGGGAGUGUCAUUCACCGGUUCGGAGGUCUGUGGCACGAAGGCAUCUACUGUGACACCCUGCCCACUCCGAAAUGUGUCUGGAAGCCAAAUCCCCAGCCAAAGGAUCAUAUGCUGUACUAUGGCUUCUCCACCUUCGCCAUGGAGCUAAAUGAACUCCCUCCCGACCUGAAGCCUCUCCUUCCUCCUACAGACAGCCGUCUGCGCCCAGACCAAAGGUUGCUGGAGGAUGGAAAGGUGGAUGAAGCAGACAUAAAGAAAGAUGAGAUAGAGGAGUUUCAUAGGGAGCGGAGAAAAGAGCUCUCCAAAAUGGGGGAAGAGCAUGUUCCACGUUUUUUCAAAAAAGCCAAAGAUUCCUGUGGACGGGACGUGUGGUUGACAAACGGGACGUACUGGAAGCUCAGAGAGAAUCCAGGUUUUGCUAAUAUUAAAAAUAAAAACCUAACUGUCUGGUGAUGAGACGACAGCAACGCGACAGACAAAAACACAUGUGAGAGAGAGAGAGAGCGAGAGAGAAAUAUCAGCGGUGGAUAAACGGCUCUGAGAAACGUGCAGAGUGGAGAUGAUGCUGCUGGUCUCUCUUCUCGUUCCUUCUGUUGGCCCAUGACUGGUUCAUGGGAACCCUCAGCACCUGUAGUCUCAUCAGACCAGUCAGCAUCCAGCACAGGUGAAGAAACAGAAAGAACUUUUCUCAUCACGAUCAAUUUUAUAAUGCAUUUUAUCAUUAUUUUUUUUUUAGACUACUUCAGUCAACUCAUAUACAGUAUAUGUUUAUAUUUUUGAGAAUUUCACAGUUUUUUGCAGAAAAGACUGAAUGUGCGACGCACACUCUGCAUUAACAUGAACAGUCAGGCUAGUAACAGGCCUAAUUUGUUAGUUUAUUAAUUGUAAACAUUUAUUAAAAGCAUGCCCUCCUUCUCGGUCAGUUUACUUAACAUUUUAUGAUGGGUGUUUGAUCUUCUGAAGUUAAUGCUACAGUUAGGGCUGGAUUACCAACUGAGCAAAGCGGGCAACAGCCACAGCGUCCCAGAUAAGGGGGCCAGUGGGUAAUUGUGGUAAUUUGAUUUAUUUGAUUAUUAAUUUACUAACAUGAUUCUUGCAAUUUUUGUGUGGGAUCUUCAUGGUUGAAUGCUGUGAUGUAUUACAAAUUGGUUUGCGAAUAUGCUCCACUGAAGCACAAUAAAGAUAAGAACCUUAAAUCUACAGUUAAUUAUCACCAGAAUCUGCAGCCUCCCUCAGCAUCACUGAGCUUUAAAGUGAGUUUCAGCUCAUUGUUUAUCUGUCCGGCCACAACUUUACUGUUUUAGUUCACCCUAACCCGUCAGAUAGCGUCGUUUCCAGAGAAAAAAACUCCGUACACUAUCUGCUCAGCAGCAAACAGCAGACACAGUUAGAGACCAGCUGGUGAACAAAGUGGAGCAUUUGUGCAGAUAAAGAGACC